AUGAAGAUGAUGGCGAUCUUCCUCUCUCUUUUCAACUUUUUAAAUUUACCUGAUUUCACCUUUGUGGGCAAUGGCUUAAACAACACUCUGAUGAAGCUGGAGAGCGAGUUUGGCUUGACCUGCAAGAAUGCUCUUGAUGUCGGAUCCACCACGUGGAACCUGUCCAGUAUGUCGAUUGUUUUAAAAUCUCUGAUCGGUGAUAUUGUUGAGCCUUUCCUCACCUAUAUGCUUUUAUCAAGUUUUCUUUUUGAUACAGAUUAA